UGUUAGUUGAGGAUUUCGGUGCUCCAUCGAGGUCUGCUGCUGCUAUUUCCGCCCCAAAAUCCGUAGAUUCUACGUUCCAACAGUUACUGCUGCAGUGCAGUGCUGAUACUCGGUGGCUUUGAGUUUCGGUGAUACUUUCUGCAAAGGCACGUAUACCUACUAGAUCUAGCUGGAGCACCGACCGUGUCAUAUAUCGCAGCGCAGAUCAGAGGAGUCUAUGAACGGUGGAUGCUCGUCCAUUGCUGCAGUGUAGUUGAGUGGUUGUGUGUACGCGCCUGCAUCUUCCAGUCAGCUCGGGCGCAGCUCCUUUCACGUCGAACACCGAGCAGCGACGGAAAAAGAGAGAGAGAGAUAGAGAUAGAGGGAGAGAGAUAGAGAGACGCGGACAGUCGAGGAGGAGAAGAAGCAGGCUUCAACUCCGAGAAAAUAGGAAGCCGGGUGACACUCGUGAGCGCGCUUCCGUUGUCCACACGACUGGCAAGACAGGGCCAAGUAGCUAUCCCGGCUCUUUUGUGGUGAGUCGCCGCCGAAGCAAACCAGCUGAGUUUGACUAGGUUUUCUGUCGAAGUUUCAUUGUCCGCCGAGGCCAGGAGCAGACGCAACGGCAAUCUCUCGACAGUUCGACAGUGUUUGCGUCAACUUCGACAGCUUUUCUUGCGGAAACUCUGCGGCGGCCGUCGACCAACUGUUCGUUCCUUCGCGUUUCCUUGAAGGAAUAGCGUGUUUGUCUACAAACAUGGUCCUGGAGACUUCGACGGACAGCUCGGUCAUUCCUGCUCCCACGAUCAGCGCCUGCCCAGCGCGACGUGACGGAUCCAGACGUUCGACCAGCACCAGCACCACCACCACCACUGCGGCGGUCACCACCAACAUCAGCAUGUCCUCGUCAUCGUCAACGGCAACCACCGCCGCGUCUCGCAAAACGACGACGGCAGCAGCGGCGUUUCGCACCCCGCUGCGACUGCUCAACGGCGGGCCAACUGCCAGUUCCACACCGGCGUCUUCGAGCAUGAACAGCCAGUCGUCGAUCGACGAGAGCGCGCACUGCGUGGGCAAUGGUGACCGUGCUGAUGCCGCCUCCUACUGCUCAGGAGAUGAUGAGUUGGCCAUCGCUGGCGGUGGCGGGGGAGGUGCUCUGGUGCCGGGAUUGCGAGCAGUGCCGCGCGGCUGUCCUAUCCCUAAGCGCGUCUUCGUCGGCGGUAUUGCCUAUGACACAACCGAACUGGAGCUAAAGUUGUUCUUUGAAAGGUACUACGAAGCGGAGGUUACAGACUCCAAGAUCAUCACAGAUCGCAAGGGAGUGUCAAAGGGGUUCGGAUUCAUAACGUUUGAAAGGGAGGAGGAUGCCAAUCGAGCCCUUGCUGAGAAGUCGGUGUAUUGCAAUGAGAAAAAGCUGAACAUUGCUCCAGCAGUUCGUAAGGAGGGCACUGGCCAGUUCAGCCGUCCCUCGUCGCCACCCGACCAGAGCGCCCUCUACCCUGCUCUACAGCAACCAGCAGGCGUGCCGGCAGUGGGCUAUGACACGGUGGCAAUGAACCAGAACAACGCCGCCACGUGUCUACAGUACCCCAUGCCGGGCAGCGCUAGCGGUGCCUGUGCUGCGCCUUCUGCUGCUGCCUACCCAAACUUUCAGCAACAAGUAGCACCGGCUGGCGGAGUUCCCGCAGCAGUGGCCUACAUGACGGCAGCGGCACCACAGCUAUCGCCCACCCAGGCGCCACUUCUCAAUCCGCCCACAGCACCCUGCGCCGUUGCCGGUCCUAUGUCGUCGCCACAGCAACAGCAGCAACAGCAGCAGCAGCAGCAACAACAACAGCAGCAGCAGUAUCAGGGAGUGCAGAGCUCUGCGGCAUUCUACGACCCGUCGUCGUCGGCCGUGUACGCAGCAGCGUGGCCAGUGGCUAUGCAGCCUGGUCAAAUAGGCCACCCCAGUAAUCAGGUUGUACCACCGACCGCACCAGCAGCAAUGGCUUACCAGUAUGUGCCAGCACUGACUGCCGGUGUCCCUACAUUGCUGGCCGCACAACCAGCCACUGAUGCCUCCUGCACUGCUACUGGUGCAUACCCGUUUGCGCCAACCACCGCCAUGCCCGGCUGCAACACGUCCACAACGGCCGGUGCUGCUGGAUCAAUGGCCAACGGCGCGUGUGUACCCAUGCGCGGUGUGAACCCGUACGCCAACCCUGGUUACACGACAAGCGUUGGCGGUAUUGGCGUUGGUGGCGGCGGAGGUUACGUUCAAGGCGGGUUCCUCCUGCCCGACGGUAGCCUGGUGGCAUGUCCUGUGGCGUAUGCCGGCGACAGCUUUAUGACGACGCCCGCCACCUCACCCCCGCAGCAAGCGCAGCAGCAGCCACCGGCCCCGAUGCCGCUCCUGCCCGCCCCGAUUGCGGGUCAGUCGACCCUGGGGCCGCAAUGGGCAGGAGCGGGGGCAGGAGGACAGCAACAGCAGCAGCAAGGCUAUGCGUACGGGCCGGGAGCGGUGUUUGCGCCAGGCGAUGCGUAUCGCGCAGCCAAUCCUGUCGCUGGUACCGCCGCUCUUCAGCCGAUGGCAUCGUCACAAUGCCUCUAUCCGUACUUUGCCGUUCCUGACCAGUUUCCUGCGGGCCAAGUAGUCGCAGCCGCAGCAUCAGCCGCCGCACCAUCGCAACCGCCCAUCGUCAGCCAGGGCGGCCAUCAAAGCGGCGGUUGUCACGGCGGCAACAACAACAACAACCCCAACGCUCCGCCGCAGGUAUCCAUGGUGACCGGCAGCGGACGCAACGGCGAGGGUCUCCUCCCGGCGCCGGUACUCACCACUAGCAACGGGCUGACCGUGUACGCACACCCGCCACUGGCACCACCGCCGCCGACAACAACGACGGUUGCUAUGGCACGUCGCCACGGCGACAACUCUUCCCUGCCGGGCGGCCACCAAGCCAGGACGCACGGUCCCAAGGUGGUCGACUGCAGCGCGGCGGUGUGCUGCUCGCCUCCGCUAGUGAUGGCGGCGGCGUCUAGCGAAAGCUCCAGCGGAGAGCAACAACACAGUUUGCCGGGCCAGCGCCAACACCAGCACGAGCAGCAGCCCAUGGUUACGCCCCGGCGACACCGCCGUGGAUCGCACAGUGCCCGCGAGUCAAUCUCCAUGGCGACGUGUCACAAAGGCAGCAGCAGCAUCACGGAUAUUUCGUCGUCAUCUUCUCCGUCGUCGGGGUCCUCAAUGUCCCCGGCGAGCAUUGCGUCGCAGAUGGGAGGCGAGGCGGAGGUGCCUGUGGCGAUACACCACGGCGGGUGCGUCGAAUCCGGAACCUCAUCACUGCUACUGGACACGGUGACGAGCAGCAGCCUUGACGACACGAGCCUUGAGUCGUCGCCCCUGACGACGGCGUCCAGCGACUCGUCUCGACUGGUGUCCGACGGUGAUACGCCGCCUCGGCGACGUGUGCCCAUUCCGCGAUCGCAGCAGCAGCAGGUGGUGGGAAAGCGUGCUUUGGCCAUGCUGGCCAGUGCCAUGUGAUUGCCCCCGGGGAUUUCCCCCGGCGUGACCUGACCGCAGUCUUCGGGGAUAUUCCCCCAAGGUGUGUGCCCAGGCUGCGGUCGAGUCGGGCUCAAUUCCGGGAAUUUCCCUCCCAGGGUGUCCUAGCCGCGGUCGGGCUCAGGGAUCCGAACUUCAGCCCUAAGACUGUGUUCAACUUGAAAUUGGCUACGCAACAACACGAACGUGGAAUGGAAAUGAAUCGUCGCCGCAGGGAUCUGUCAUGCCACAAUGAGCUGGUGUCGUGCUUGAGAAAUCCUCUAUUGCUUGACGCCGCCAGCCCUGGACAACGCACGGAAAGCGCGCCCGGCAAACACCAAUUGUUCCAUUACGCUUCUCUUCUAAGCACGUCGUCGUCGUCUUCGAGAGUUCAGGUUUUGUCAAGUCGUGGACGACUACUGUUCAUGUACCUGAAAUGCUGCUGCUGCUGCUCGAGCAGAACAGCAUUAUUAUGACUAGGUCCGUAGCGUACGGUACGAGUACACAGCCUCCGGCAACCUACUCUCCGUUGAGCAGCGUACUUGUUCACCGAGAUUCCUCCGGAGUUUAUCACACGCAUGCCGAUAUGUUUGCAUGGUCAACAUUGUUGUCGCCACCGCACAUACCUCUAAGAAUCCCCCGUCCCCCUCUCACUUACUCAUGUUGUCAUGGCGACCACAUCCCAUGGUUACCCGGGUGUCGCCGACGUCGAUCUGCUCCUGAAUUAAACUGAACUGUCUCCCCCCUCCCCUUCUCAUCCGCCCGCCGCACGUGUUGGCACGGGCGCCCGUCCGUUGUUAUGACAACGGCGCGGGUCCCGUAGCCGUGUAGCCUGUCCGUGUUGCGUUUGCCUCCUUCAUUCUCCAGUUGGGUCCGACAGAUUGAGUGGACGCUUGAAGGCGGCGGUGCUGAUGAUGCUGGUGUGUUGAUGUGUUGCCGCCUCAUUGUGCCGCCCGCUAGUUCACCACCGCCGUCGCUGGUCUGUGCACACGUUCCAACACACACACACACACAAGUAUUGCACACACGCUCCUUCUCAAGUCUGAAGACUUGCACGAGGUGCACGCAGCGUCACGUAUGUGUAGGUGCAGACCCAGUGACGCAUGCUCUCGUUGUCUGCACGCAGUCGUUGUCUCCAAUUCUCUCUCCCCCGUCUCCCUCUUUCUCACAUGCAUACUGUGACACACACAUACAUACUCACUCCCUCACUCACUCACUCCCUCACUCAAUCUCUCUCUCUCUCUCUCUCUCUCUCUCUCUCUCUCUCUCUCUCUCUCUCUCUCUCUCUCUCUCUCUCUCUCACUUUCUCUCUCUCUCACUUUCUCUCUCUCUCACACACACGCUCUCUCUCUCUCUCUCACUUACUAUCUCACUCACUCACACACACUCCCUCGCUCUCUCAUUCCGUCUCUUCCAAACGCUCUCAUUGCGUCCAGCUCUCCUCGGUGUAUCCGCUGCGAUCUCGUCUAUGCCAUUACAGGUAGCCUAUGAGAUCAUGCCUGCCCGCGCGGUAACCUAUGACAUCAUGCCUGCCUGCGCUCAUCUGUGCAUCGGCAUGUUUCGUUUGGCCUGUCAGUGCCGCGAUCCCCGCUGCAUUCCCGCUGUCCCUCACGCCCAGACCACGCAGUUACACACCAGGCCGUCAAACCUGGAUUUCUAUUCCCCAACACACGUGUUCUAUCCAAUUGCUCCGCCGUUCUCCCAACAAUUCUCGCCGUUUUCUAUUGAUUCUACUGAGUUCUGCCUCUGAACAGAGAUUUUUUAGAUUUUUAGAUUUUCCCUUUUCUUACAAAUUUAGAUCAGAUUUCGUUCCUCUCCGUUCCCAUUGGACCAGCCUUUGACUUGACCGAGUUACCGAACAGCGUAUGACGAAUCCUUGUCCCCGAACGCUCCAACUUGACCGACUAUAAACCGAGCAUCUAUUUCCGCUGGAUUUAUCUUGUGCCCCGUUCCCCCUGCACUUUCUUUGGACUUUCUUUUUCCGCCCCCCCCCCCCUCCCCAGAGUUUUAUUCCCGUUUUCACGCAUUAGUCUCAUCCGUGCACUGCACGAGGUUGUUCCCCCCGGCCAGGCCUGCUAGCUUCAUUGACCCCGGCGUGUCAACCGCCAUCGUCUACAACCACCGGAGCGGGCAUUGUCUUCUGGGGUCAUCUACCACCGUUACCGCUGUGCACUUGUCCACUGUUAGUCCCUGUAGGCGUGUGUGGAGUGAGCUUUCUGUGCGACUUUGCUUCUCGUAGUUCCGCGAACUCCAUUAGAGCAUCGUCAUCGGUCUGCCACUCCUUGUUUCUCCUAGCAGUCGUUAGGUAUAUGAUUUUCUUUCUUGCUGUGUAUCACGUCAUAUUCUCGAUCUCCAUGUUUGGUGGGAAGGAUUCCUUCUUCGUAGUCAUUCAUUGCAGAUUCUCACUUUGCCCUCCGAAUGGGCUCUUGGAAAAGCCAACGGCA